GUGACGCAUACACCAAGCCCUCUGGUACUGAAUCUAUGAAUUGUUACCAUUUCUAGACCACGUGACGAUAAUUGCACAACCGUCGUUACAUCAUGUGAAACGCUCAAAUAAAUUGCGCCAAAUACACGGUGCGAACUAACCUGUUUCAAUCGUCGUGAAACAAUCUGACCGGCCACUAUGCAUAACACUUACAUUGUUGGAAGUACAGGAAUUUAAAAUGUUACAUUAAAUUCUAAUGAUCAAUGAAAACGCUGUUUAUAAAAGAUGGACGAGAUCUGGUUCCAUUUAACAAAUCAAUUCGAGACACUUCAGAUUCAAACGCACGUAGUUAUACAGCAAGGACAACAAUGGAUCACAAAUUGGUUAAUACAAGCACGUGAAUUUUUUUAUGAAUUAAGCAAUGAUCAUAAUGUACAAAAUGUAAAGGACAUGAUACAAUCUAUACUUAGUUGGUUUGAGAAAGCAUGGGAACAACUACAGUUUCAGUAUUAUAACACACACUUUAAUAUGAAAUCAUUGUAUAGAAAUUUAUGUAACAAUGAAGUGUCAAAAAGAGAGCUAGCAUUUUGUCUAGCAGGUUUAAUUACGGGUAUUUUAAUUGGUUAUUAUGUUGGAAUUAAUUGGGGACAUAUUACACAUCACAUGCAUCACAUAAAAGCAGUGAUUUGUCACCACUACAUUGGUAUUGAGGGUGUGUCUAUGAUAGAUGAUGUAGAAAUGCCUAUGAUUCAACAACCUAAUGAAUUAUUGAUACAAGUUAAAGCAACUUCUAUUAACAUUGUUGACACAAAAAUUUGUUAUGGAUAUUCUAAAAUGUAUCGGAGACUACUUAAUUCUGGGAGACACAAAGAACUGCCAGUAACAUUAGGAAGAGAUUGUACAGGAAUAGUGGUAGGUAUUGGACAAAGCGUUAUUAAUUUUGAUAUUGGAGAUGAAAUAUUCUUAGCUAUUCCCUCAUGGGCUCCUGGUACAAUGGCAGAAUACAUAGUUGUCCCAGAAAGUCAGGUAGUUAAGCGACCAAAAUUUUUUACUUUCGAAGCAUCUGCCAGUCUUCCAUACAGCGGAUGCUUGGCAUGGGAUGCCUUGGUUAAUAGAUCUACGAUUCCAGAAGGCAAUGCAAAAGGGAAACGAGUACUUAUACAUGGCGGAAAUACUCCAGUCGGUUGUAUUUUAACACAACUAGUUAAACUAUGGGGAGGAUAUGUAUGCAUUAUGUGUAGAUCGAAUGCUAUUCCUGUCUCAAAAGCUUUAGGAGCAGAUGAUAUUAUAGAAUUAAAUGGGUCAAAUCUUGAAAAAGAAUUGCAAUUGUAUGACAAAUAUGAUGCUAUUUUCCAUACUGGUGUUGAACCAAUCGAUGAACGUCUAUUAAAACAACGAUUAGUGCCUUAUGGUUCCUAUGUAUCUACACUCCCUGAACAAUUGACUUCUGAUUCACUAGGCUUUAUAUUUGGAAGCAUAUUUGCUGGAUGUGUACGAAUAAAGUUACUAAUACAGUAUAUAUUUGGAUCGAAUAUAUACCAAUGGAAAGAUGGUUCAAAGAUAAAUUCAACAUAUUUACAAGCAUUGUCUGAUUUAGUAGACGCUAAUCAGUUGCAAUUGGUUGUCGACAGGGUAUAUGGACCUCAUAAUAUUGAACAAGCAUUAAAUCAUGUAUUAGAUCCUAACGCUAUUGGUAGUACUAUAAUAACAUUUCAGUGACAAUAACAUACUUUUAGUACACAAAAGUUUGUAUAUACCAAUACAUUAUAUACAUGAUAAUGUCUUGUCAAAACAUAUUGUAAAUACUGUCAGUAGCUUCAAAGCACUGCCAGAUACUAUUCAAUAUAAAAAUAAAUUCUACACAUAUUACAGAAAUAUAGUUGAUAUAUGUGGGUGCUAAAAUCAAGACUGAACAAUCUAUUCUAAUAGAAACAUGAAUGCACAGUUUCUAUCAUUUCAAAUUAUCAGCUUAUAUAUUCAAAUAAAAUCAAAUGUAUAUUUAAAAAAUAUUAGUUACUCAAGUGAACAGGAAAAUACUAGAUCUUUUAUGUAUACACAUAUAAAAUAAAAGAUGUUAUUAAAACGUGUAUAAUCUAU